UCUUUUGGCUCAUCUUUUGAUCAACGUGGCGCUACGUGUUGUUGCACAUUUUGUGUGGCGUCGUGAAACAAUUCAUCAUCAUCAUCAUCAUUAUAAUAAUGGAAACAGUUUUACAAAUUAAAUCAUUAAAGAAUCGAAUAGCACAAAAUGAUAUCAGUGUAAAAAACUUGUUAAAGACCAUUUCCGAAUGUAAUAGUGAUCUACAAACAUUAAAUAAAUUGAAUACAGAAUUAUCGACACGUAUGAACAACGUUCGACGAGAUUUAAAUGAUUUUGAACAUUUAGUUAAAGUUAUUGAAGAUGAUGAUCUUCGUUAUCAUAUGAAAAAUGAUUUACAAUCAAUCAAGAAUCAAUAUGAAAUAAAUAUGGUUGUUGCACGUAAAGCGGUGCUUACCACACAGAAACAGUUGAAUGAUGAAACACGAGCCAAAUUAUUUGAACAUUCCAAAAAUCUAAGAAAACGUAUCAAUAACAAUGGUAUCGUGACUAGCGAAACAAUGGCCAAUAAAUCCACAACAUUAACUGAUGAUCUUUAUUCAGUGAGUCGAAUAUUGGCUAAUGAAGUGGAAAAAUCGGGAAAAAAUCUUGAAACAUUGGUCCAAUCAUCAGCAUUGGCAACAGAAACAUCACAAGAAUUACGUACAAUGUCCAAUUAUAUUGCUAAUUCAAAAACAUUAUUAUCAAAAUAUGGUCGUAGAGAAAUGACGGAUAAAAUAUUAACAAUACUUGCAUUGGGUUUCUUUUUCGGCUGUGUUAUCUAUGUACUAGUCAAAAGAAUUUAUUUAAGGUCAUAAUGUAAUAAAGAAAAGAAUUCUGUAUUUUUU